GCCCUUCGGAAACUUAGGGCUAUAUUUCACCGGGACACCAUGGCGGCGCAACCAGUCGCCGCUGCCAACAAAAUGUAUACAGCUCUAUAGAGAGUUACUCACCUGGUGUCCGUUUAGUUGCGCAACCAAUUUGGCGGCGCGACCAACUCGGACGCGUGCAUAGAAUGUUACUGGUUGCGCCGCCACGCUGGUCGCGCCACCACUAACUACUAUAGCGCGAUAUGGUGUCUCACUCACUCGGCCGCCAGUCCGGCCGCCAGUGACGCUCCCACCUCAUUGCAUGCAGCACGUGUCGCGGUUAUGUUUUAUUUUUUAACUGCUUAUUUUAAUAUCUGAGUAGUUUGUUAACUGCAUACGAUGGAUAAUUUCGAUACAGAAAGGUUUAUUAUCGAAAUUCAAAGUAGACCAUCACUUUGGGAUAAUUCCUCGUCAGAUUAUUCCGAUAGAGAUUUGAAAAAGAAAUGUUGGGAGGAAGUUGUAGAUUUAUUUGGAGAACAGGAGCAAACCGUUGAACAAAAAAAGAGCUUUGGGUUAGUGUUGCAAAAAAGGUGGAAAAGCAUCAGAUCAUGCUAUGCGCGGGAAGUCAAACGUCAAAGAAAUGUUAAGUCCGGGUCUGGAGCCACUAACCGCAAAAGCGAAUAUAUAUAUUUUAAGCAGUUACAGUUUCUACAAAAAGUAGUAGCUAUCAGAGAAGAAGGUGAAGAAGAAAAAAAUUCGGAGAGCACUGAAGUAGGCGAGCGACCAAAAAAAGCUACAAACAAACGUAAACUAGCAGUAGACGAUGAUCCUUUUAUUCAAGCAUUAAAUAAUUCAAUUGAGCAAAGACGCCGUGAGACAACAGAGCAGAGACUACGCGAGACAGCUGAGGUUGACGAAGAUCGGCUAUUUUUGCUUUCAUUGUUGAGCACAUUAAAAAAUCUACCUCCUCAAAUUAAAAUGGCUACCAAAAUAAAGAUGCUAACUUUGUUGAACGAUGCGUCAGGUUUUUCUGGUAACAGGACGUUUGAUUAUACUGGUCCGUCUUUUCGGAAUUCUCCAGAAAUUAAUCCAGGUGGCAGGAUGAUGAGUCAUGACACCUACCAUCCUGGUUAUUCGACGCAACGGCAAGUGAUUGCUACUGAAUAUCCUGGACCAAGUUAUAGGACAAACACGAAUUAUCAGAAUGAACCUAUCACAAGUAGUCCUAAUUCCCCAUAUAAUUCUAUGAAUACAAUGACAUAUGCAAGUUCUCCAAGCGACACAAAUGAUUCACAGGACUCAGAACCACUUAUGGAUCUAUAUAGCACUUAAACGUUCAUGCUUGUUUGUUUGUCUACAUUUUUUAAUAAAACUUACUUUAAAAAUGUUCAUAGUUUGAUUUAACUUACCU